CAGUGCGUUCCGAAUCGGGUCGUUGGAACUCCGAAAAAAAUCGCGCCUUUCUUCAACCAGCGAGGAGCUUGAGCUGAAGCAGGAGGUGGGUUCGCAUCAAUGGCGGACGAAGUGGAGGUUGAAGACGACGCGCCUCGCGUUCGAGGCCGUCACAUCAGGAAGCGAGCUCUCAAGAACAAAGCUCUCUCGGUCGCCUUCAACGAGAAAGACCUCAGGGACUUUGUGACGGGGUUUCACAAGAGAAAGAAGAAGAGGAGAAAGGAAGCGCAAAAGCAGCAAGAGGAGGCGCAGCGCCGCAAGCGAAUCGAGCAGCGGAAGAAGAGAAAGCUAGAAAGAGAGCUUGCUUAUUAUGAUGGAGGUCCUCCAUCCAAUGGUACUGAACUUGAUGAAAAUGAUGAGCUAUUAGAGAAUGAUGAGGAAACUGAGCCCCGCAUAUCUACAUCAGGAAUGACAGUAUAUGAUAAUGGAGACAUGAAGGUCACUGUGAAAACAAGUGAGAUCGCGUCGGAUGAAGAAAAUAAUCUCAUUGAGAAGACAUGGACCAACAAAGCUGCUGGAGCUGAUAAAGGGCACAGUGUACCUGUGAAUAAGAAAUCAUUCAAGAAAGUGGUAAAGCAGAAAUCACACAGAAAGGUGCAGAAUAAGAGAGGGAGAGAUAAGGGCAAGAAAAAGAACAAGAAGACACGCUAGCUCUUUGUUGCCAGUCUCACUUAAGCCUAUGCAAGAUUGAUGCGGCUGCUUUUGGCUGUAUAGGAUUCCUGGUGGGGCAAAGGUUUUGUUUACAAGCCCACCAUUUAGGUAACUGCUGAGUGCUGACCUCCCUCCAUGAUCAUGGAUCCAUUUCCCAGUGAAGCUAGCUUUUCUUGCUAUAGUGCAAUUUUUGAUUGCUUUUCUUCAACAAAAUAGUGUAUUUAGAAACAUGUUAGAACCUUCACUUUCUUUUGUUGGGAAGUCCAACCUAAUAUUAUAUAUCUUCAUGCA